UCGAAGUGUUUUUCUGCCGACUUUUGGAAAGUGGAUAGGCUUUUCUAGAUAUCUCUAGAUAUAUCUAUCUAAAUGCCUCACUCAGAAACGAUCGAUGAGCAUGGACCAAGUUGAACGAUUAUUAGAAUCUAGAGAAGUGGCGAUGAAUUCACUGAGUGAUUGGCGACCGACAGGCCAAAAGUAGAAACAACAAUGGCCGCCACAAGCACAGACCUGAAAGCUCUCCAAAGAUCUGUCGAGCGCAACUCCACUGUCCUGGAAACCGUCCUCAAGAAAAUUCAGGAUCUGCAUAAUGAGAGCCUAAAGACCAGCUACCGGCUGUCCAGUCUGGAGUCAGUGGUGACCAAUCUGGCAGACAGGACGACCCCACAGCGCGGUACCCCCUCCUCGAACCCCGGUACUCCCUCCCCGACCCCUGGUACCCCCUCCUCGACCCCCGAUACCCGACCCCCGGUACCCCCUCCCCGACCCCCCCCACGCCUUCCCCCCAGACCCCCCAGUAGAGGCGGUAUGUCGGAGAGCGUGGUCAAGAAAGAAAUCCUAGCGGAGAUCCAACGCAUGUCCCAGGACGUGAAGUCUUGUGUGCUCAAGGGGGUCAGCGACUUUCUUGACGCGGAGACUGAAGUGAUGACACAGCUGGCUGACACAAAGCACGAACUGUCCUCUAAAAUAGACAAGCUGGCCGACACAAAGCACGAACUGUCCUCUAAAAUAGACAAGCUGGCCGACACAAAGCACGAACUGUCCUCUAAAAUAGACAAGCUGGCCGACACAAAGCACGAACUGUCCUCUCAAAUAGACACGCUGGCCGACACAAAGCACGAACUGUCCUCUAAAAUAGACAAGCUGGCCGACACAAAGCACGAACUGUCCUCUAAAAUAGACACGCUGGCCGACACAAAGCACGAACUGUCCUCUAAAAUAGUCACGCUGGCCGACACAAAGCACAAACUGUCCUCUAAAAUAGACACGCUGGCAGAAGAAGUGAGUAGGAGUAGGGCCGUGGCAGAGCGCUGUGAGGGGUCCGUGUCGAGGCUGGUCCGCAUCACCGUCUUCUCCUACACCAAACUGCAGCAAGAAGUGGGCAGAGUGAGCGCCUCGCUGGGCCACGCACGGGCCUCGCUGGACCAGCUGUGCCACGCCUCUAAACAACAACAACACACGCUGGGGGAGAUAAGCCAGGAUUUAGGGACGGGGGGUCGCGCCAUGGAACUGUUGAGGUCAGACAGUCGAGGGGUGAUCGACCAGCUGGUCGCUGAAGGACGUUAAAUGAGGAAGGUGGUUCAGGA